UCUGACUACAUCUUUAAGGGCAGCGUGCCAGCAGUCCAAUGGAAUGCACGCCCAUUCAAGCACAUAACUUCUGUUGACAACAUUGCAGCAAGUGGCAGAUUUAAUUCUACCACGACUGCAACAAAGAACAACGCCAACUACCACCUGAGAGACAACAAUGAAGCCCAAAUCUCUCGUAUUGAGGUUAUUUGAUCAUACUGAGUCCUUAGGUGAGAGGCAAGCGGAGAGAGUAUCUAGGUAUCACCGGCAGGUAGACUGUUCGGACCGGUCGGACCGUCAUGAGACCACUGCACCAAAUGAUACCCCCAGACCCCAGGUAGAGGAUGGGGGGAGAAAGAAAGAGAAGUGCGCCAGUGAGAUCCAUUUCGCCUUUUUACCGGAGAGGUACGAGCCCCUAGUCGAAGAGGAUGAAGGAAGGCAAAGAGCGAAAGAAGAAAAGAAAAACAAGAAGAAACAAAAAUACAAGAAAGUCAAGAAGAAUGUCGGCAAGGCCCUUCGCUACAGCUGGAAGUGUUUGAUGCUUGGUCUUCACAGUAUGGCAGCAGGCUAUUCCACCCCACUCACUGCCGCUGCUACCCUCGUCCCAGAGUUCCAUGCGGGCAGGGACAGGGGCUGAGAGGACCAAUCACAUUGAUCUGUAAUCCUUCUUAAUGUUCACUGACUCUAACGCUGUGGCCCCAAGGGCCUCAACAUAAACCAGCACUGAAAACCCUCAAUUGAGAGAUAUCUCUACAUUAUGAAAUUAUAGAAUUUAAAUAUCCUGUUGUAGAAUACUGAUAAAAAUACUUUGAUUCUUA